GUGAUGCUCGCAAACACUGGAGGGAACUGGAAAACCGCUGAGUGGGUCCGAGAGGCUGUUCCCGUCCAGCUCCCGUCAGGGGGACUGCCUCCUCUUGCGGUUCCUCGGCGAUCGAUCCAGUGCCCCGCCGCCAGACCCGGCUCUACGCACGUAGUGGGAUUCACAGGACUUGAAAGGAAAUGCAAAAAAUAGCCCUUUUCCAAACACCACGAAGCUAAGUGUAAAUAUCGGGAUGGUAAAUAUGUUUUAUAAUGGUCAAUAUUGUUUUUAAAAGGUUGGGUCUGGCAAAUACUGGAUGUGUGAAUCUAAUGUUCCUUUACUUCUUGUAAAAUGGACUAAUCAGCACUUGGGUAUUUAUCUUCAUCAGCUACAUGGUUAUGAGCAUAAUUUUGAUUUUUUUAACUGAUCAUGUAAGAGUCACUGCCUAGACGAUUGGUGCUUGGACCCUCGCUUCAAAACAUGCCUCUCUCCUACUGUGACUCAGAUUUCUGUCGAAGGGGAAGGCGAAGCCAGCCCAGACCUCGGCUUUGGAACCAGACAUGGGCUCCAUCUCAAAUCACAGAUAUUUCAGAAAUGACACAGAUUCCUCUGAAGAUCAGUCUUUUGCUUUGUUUGACAUCCAUAUUUUGAUGCCCAUGACUAUAAUUUCCAUCAUCCUGUUUUUCUUGGGAGUCUCUGGGAAUUUGAUAACGAUAGCCAUUUUCAGACACUCACAGGAGAUGAGGACAAUGGUGAACAUGUACCUGUCCAGCAUGGUGCUGUCGGACAUGCUGAUUUUCCUCAGCCUGCCUUUGGACCUCUACCGCCUUUGGAAGUACAAGCCCUACAUAUUUGGGGAUUUUCUCUGCAAGUUCUUCAUUUACCUGAGCGAAACAUGCACAUACUGCACCAUCCUGCACAUCACCAUUGUGAGCGUGGAGAGGCACUUCGCCAUCUGCUUUCCCCUGAAAGCCAAAGCGACCAUCACCAAGUGCCGGGUGAAAUGGCUCAUCCUGGUGCUGUGGGGCUGCUUCCUCCUGACCGCCAGCCCCAUCCUCUUCCUCUUCGGUGUGGAACACCCCAAAGGCAGCCUGUCCCAGAAGAGCCAGGAGUGCAGGUCCGUUAAGCGCGUGGCCCGCAUGGGGCUGCUCGAGAUGAUGACUUGGGUCUUCACCAUUUAUUUCUUCCUGCCAAUGCUCUGCUUGACUCUGCUGUAUGGACUCAUCGGCAGAAAGUGCUGGCGGAGCGGGCAGUGGCUGCCGGGCUGCGGGCAGGAAAAGGUCCCGCACGCAGACUGUCAAAAUGCUGGGUAA